CGAAGUCAAAGUGAUCGCUUGCUAAAACAUGGAACAGAAGAUGCAAGUUGAUAUUGUCACAAGAGAAGUCAUAAAACCAUCUUCUCCAUCUAUUCAUCAUAAUAAACCCUUCAGAUUGUCCCUUUUCAAUCAGCUUACUCCCACAACUUAUACUCCACUCAUCUUCUUCUACCCCAGUACAAAUCCCAACUUCAAUAUCACCCAAACCUUAAUUCACCUGAAGAAAUCCCUUUCACAAACCCUAACUCUCUACUAUCCUAUUUCUGGGAGAAUAGUUGAUAACCUUUUUACUGAUCAUUUCAAUGAAGGUGUUCCUUUCUUUGUAGCAAGAGUUACUGGGUUAGAACUGUCCGAUUUUCUUAAGAACCCAGAACUUGAGCUUUUAAAUGGGUUCCUCCCAUGCAAACCAUACACUAAAGAAAUAGACAUUGGAGUUCCACAAAUGGUAAUUCAAGUGAAUGUUUUUUCCUGUGGUGGCAUUGCUAUAGGCAUGUCUGGAUCACAUAAGCUCAUUGACGCACCAACCGGUGCUGCUUUCCUUCAUGCAUGGGCUACUCUAUCACGUACGGGGUCAUUCAGUGAUGUUAUAAAGCCUAAUUGUGAUGAGGCCUCGAUAUUUUUUCCACCAAGAAAUCCAUUCCCAGAAGAACAUUUAUCGUUGAUGGAGAGUUUAUGGUUCACAGAAGGUAACUAUAUUUCAAACAGAUUUGUGUUUGAUGCCAAAGCAUUAGCUUCUCUCAGGGUUAAAGCUAGAGGAGAAGGGAAUGAGAAGAAGAAGAUGCCAUCGCGCAUCGAAGCUUUGUCUUGCUUUAUAUGGAAAUGUUGCAUGGCUGCAUCUAGGGCAGUUACAGGAACACCUAAACCUUCUAUUUUAGUAGAAGCAGUGAAUCUCCGAACAAGAACAAAGCCGCCAAUGUCUAAUGUCUCUAUUGGCGAUAUCUUUUGGUGGGCAACUGCACUUGCUGAUCCAUCUUUGCAUAACAAAGAGUUGAAUGAGUUAGCAACACUACUUGAUGAAGCAGUUGCUUUAUACGACAGUGACUACAUGGAAUCACUACAGGGCGAAGAUGGAUUUAAAACAAUGUCCGAGUACUGUAGCCAGCUGCAAGUAUUAUUUUCUUUUGAAAAACCAGAUAUCUUUGCAUUUACAAGUUGGUGUCAUCUUGGUAUGAAUAGGAUAGAUUUUGGAUUUGGAGAGCCAUUUUGGACUGCAAUUCUGGGGAAAGCUGGACCUGCUUUUCGAAAUCUUACUGUAUUCUUUGAAACAAAAGAUGGUAAAGGAAUUGAGGCAUGGAUUACUUUAGAUGAAGAAAGAAUGGCUGUACUGGAACGUGAUCCUGAGUUUUUAGCUUAUGGUUCCCCAAAUCCAAGGUUUUCAAGCCUGUAAGUAAUAUAUAUGCUUGUGUAAUUGGUCUUUGGUAAUAACUUUAAUCCAAGGCUAGUAGAUAUGGAAAUCCUUUUCUUCUGCUGAUAGAACUAUUUUAGUCCAGUUUCAUCUUCUUAUUUUGGAAAUAUACACCCUGCAUGAAAAAUGUGCCCUUAAAGAGAAUAAUCAGGCAUGGUUGGUUGAGUCUGCUUUGAGCAGCCAUGAAUUUCAGUCCUGUUGUAUUUUAUUGCUAUCUCUAGUCAACUACAGACACAUGGUGCUCCUUCAACAAUACUGCUGUGUGCUUUGCUGAAACUUUCUGUUGCUGAUGAGAGAUGCUGUGGUGAUGGCAUCAGUUCCGCUGGAAUGUUAGUUUCCUUUCCUUCAGCUGUUGUAUUCUCAAUAUUGCACAUGGCAGCUGUUGCUUGAGCUGUUGUUUCCUUUUCCUCAGCUAUGUUUUCUUUAUUCAGUGUCAGUGGCGUCUCAGUGUUUUCAUUGAUGUGAUUAGCAAAUCGCUAGAAACAGCAUGAAGAUUGUUUUCAUGCUCUGGUCCCUCUUUUUUUCUUUUUCUUUUUGAGCUCUUUCAUUAUCUUAUGCUUUUUGUAUGACGUGAUCUUCCCCUUCUUAAUAAAUUUAGUUAUUGAUUCUUGAAAAAA